AGCCUGCAAUGAAAGCGAACCGCGAACUACAAACCCUAAUACGGUAAGGGCGUAAAUGCGAAACGGCAAAACUCUGUUCGAAGAUAAAUUAUAGUAUAAUAAAAAAUCAUAAAAAAGAGGGAAAACAUUGGAUUGCGUGCACAGCCCAUCACCUAAUCUACCAGUCGGCAAUUAAUUUCUUCACCGCGAUCUCUUCUCCAACUUUGACUCUCUUCUUUAAAAUCCCCACCUGUACCUCUUUCAAUUUCAAUUGCUCCAAUCUUCCCUGUAAACCCUAGAAUUUGCAAAAUCUAAUUCUCAAUAUGGCUGCGGACCUCAAGUCUGAUUCCAUUUUUGAUCUCAUGGGCCGAUUCCUCGAGACCGACGAGGGUAAUGAACUUCAAAAGAGGAUCAAUCUCAUCUAUCAGUUCAAUAUCGCUCCCAAGAAAAUUGGGAUAGAUGAGGUAUCAUAUACCGUUAAUCUCAAGAAAGGAAAGGUUACUAAAGGCCCAUACGAAGGAGGCAAGCCCGAUGCCACUUUUUCCAUUAAGGAUGAAGAUUUUGUCAAGCUUUCUGAGGGAAAAAUGAAUCCUCAGAUUGCUUUCAUGAGAGGUGCUUUGAAGAUCAAGGGCAGUCUGAGUGCAGCUCAAAAAUUCACUCCUGACAUCUUCCCAAAGCCAUCAAAGCUGUGAGCUAUAUGUUAUAGGUCUCCAUUUUAUUGGAAUGGCAGUUUACUUUGAAUUUGAAAUUAGCAUUUGCAUUGGGAUAGUAGAAAUCAUUACUAGCUUUUGGCCAAUAUCUGUUGUUGAUUAGUGCUUUUUAAGUGUAAUAAGGAACUCGAUUGGAGGCAAUUCUGUAGCCGAGAACGAUCUUGAGUUAUAAAGCUGCACGAUUCUCUUUA